GUUGGAGAACUCCAGUGAAAGUUGUGCCUGUGCUACCUGACCAAAUUUUUGCAUUUUGUAUGGAUCCCAAUCUCAAGGAAUCAAAUGAUCCUUCUGCAAGGUGGAGAGAAGAAAAAGCAAGGGACUAUUUCUACAAGUCAAAUACUCAAAAAGCUUAUGAAGAAGUUCCUUGGGAUAAUAUAUUACCUUCCAAAGUCCAGCCUCCAGAAUCAUGGAGGAUUAAUGUAGAAGCGUUGGCUGAUCCUCUUUCCCAGUGUUUCACAAAAAGGAGAUACUAUCCUGAACCUGAAAUAAGCCAAGUUGUUGGAGGCUUCUGGGACAGAUGUCAAACAAGAUCUUUUACCUCUCCGAGGAGACCUGUUGAUUUGGUAAGCUGAAGCUCUUGAACCUGUCAAUUUCCUAUCUAUCCAAACAGUGUCUGUGUUGGUGCAGUAAAUUUUGAAGACAUUGACAAUGCCAGUGUAGACUUAAUCCCAGUUAACCGUAUGCAAACUUCAAAACCUCGCUACACAAGGACUGCACACACUCCAAAUAUCCCUGGAUACACUGGCAAGGUUCAUUGGUCACCAACCCACCCGGCAAAUUCUAAUCUUCCAUCAACAACCCCAUCAAUAAUUGCAUGGAUGCAUGGGGAGGUAUACAUAGCAAAAUGCAGAAGCUCAACUCAGUAAAAUCACCAGGGACCUUUUUCUCAAAUG